UCUUGCCCGUGUCGUCUCAAAGCGCCAAAAUCUACAUCACUGAAACCAGCGUUAGGGUUAGCGUUAUCGAUUCGCCAUGGGAGUGUUCACCUUCGUGUUGAGGACCUCCGGGGGAGAGUGGUGCGCCAAGCAGCAGAAUGGAGACCUUGAGGCCUCCGCUUCAUCCACAUUCGAGCUCCAGAGGAAGCUGGUCCAGUCUGCUCUCUCUUGCGACUCCUCCGGCGGUGUCCAGACCUCCUACUCUCCUGUCACUCCCACCUCAGCCGUCUUCCAGGUGAUCGUUGGUGGUGGUGGUGGCGGCGGCGGUGCCUUCAUUGGAGGUGGUGGUGGUGGUGCUGUGGCUCCAGGAGGUGGUGCAGCGGCUGCUGCAGAGGCUCCCGCAGCUGAGGAGAAGAAGGAAGAGAAGGAGGAGAGCGAUGAUGACAUGGGAUUCUCUCUCUUUGAUUAAUCUAGUACCGAGUUACAUAUUAUGUCGUAAUCUUGUUCCUUUCUUCAAAUUGCAUGUGGUGUUGGAUGUUUUUGACUUGGUUGGAUGAGAGUAUAUGAGAUCUUAAGAAAUUUUUGUUAAGACAAUUUGAUGCACUCUUGAAGUGGUUAUGUGGUUAUGUUUAAAGUGGUA